AUGGCCGAAUCAAAAGAAAAUGGAGAAUUUGAUGAUUCGUUAAAAUUGAUAAAACAAGCGUUGUGGGUGUGCGGAAUCGAUUUAUUCGAAACUGAACAAUCGAUUAGAAUCGAUAACAGAUUUUUAUUCUACAUCACUUUUGUUUGGCUGUAUUAUGACGUGUGUGGUGAAAUUUAUUGUUUGUAUGAUUUCGCUUUAUCUGGAAAGAGUGUACAGGAGAUAUCUUUGAUCGCGCCUUUUCCGUUUGUAUGUGCGAUGGGAACGAGUAAAGCUGCAUGCGUGUACUUUCAUAAAGAUGUCGCUUUGAGAGUCUUACGAAAACUAAGAGAUUUACAUCCUAAAAAUGAUGCAACUUUCGAAGUGAAGACAAAAGAAGAAACGAUGAAAUUAUUGUCUAAGUUCAAGAUUUUGAUGUGUUUCGGUCUAUCCGGUGCUGCGAUAUUAUUUGAUAUAGCUCCGUUUAUUGCGAUGGGCAUAGAUUAUUAUGAGAUCGGGCACACACAACUAAAGUUGCCAUAUUUAGUUAAAUUCUUUUACGAUCCGUAUGGGAUGUAUGUAUGGCCAUUUGAAUUUGUACACCAAGUGGGGUCUUGUAAGUAA